CGAAAUUGAUGACGUAUUACACAUCUGGCCGUCGAUUUCGGAUGCUGCAGGAAUAACAAAACAAGAUUAUCGGAAUAUUUGAAGUUUGGAUUAAAAGUUGAAUCAAGGGAGGUUUACACAAAGAAGCAAUCUUUAAAGGACAUUGGUUAGUUAUGAUGUGACGUGACGACACAGAUGGCAAAAUGGAAAGUUCAUCACUUUACAGAGUUAGGAAUCUGAAGACGUUGAUGCUGAAAUGGAUUUUACUUAAUCUUCUUGUCUCAGACUGUUUGUGUCAGAUAUGCGAUCAGACUGCGGAAACAUUGCCCCUGGAGACGAUGAAACAACAUCUUCAUCCGACAGCCAUACCACGAGGCCGAGUGGAUGCUGGAUAUUUCGAGGAGGAUACCGAGGCAGAAGAUGAAGCUGAAUGCCUUGUAAGCUGCUGUGAGAAGCCUUUAUGCAACGUUGCGUGGUACUCGCAGGGGAAAUGUUUUACCAUCGAGUGUAACGAGCAGGAUGAAGCAGCCUGUGAUCCCAUCCCGCAGUCUUCAGCAAAAUAUAAUAGGACAUUGUUUAUUCAAGUGCGAUCUAUAAAUACAACACGUUAUACACCAGAAUGUAACCUGUCAAAGAAUACUUGUGGUGAAAAUUACCAUUGUAUACUCAAUUCCAACAAAGUUAGAAGAUGUGAAUGUAUGACAGGCUUCGUUAGAAAAAGUUCCCAUUCCAAGACAUGCAUUCCAGCAAGUACAGAAGAUUCAAGCUCAGGAAGAACAACACAACAACCAGACAUUAAAGAUUGUAGAAAUGGAGUGACACAAUGCGGGAAACAUAAAGAAUGUGUUGUAUGGGGCAUAACAUCUAAUGCAGGCACGUGUCACUGUGUUGCUGGAUAUUCAGAAGACAAACACGGGAAAUGUGUGUUAAUUCAAGACUGUGAAUUUGGAGUUACAAACUGUGGUAAAAACAGAGAAUGUGUUCAUGUUGGAUCAAGAACUAAGUCAGGGACAUGUGAGUGUGUCAAUGGAUAUAUAGAAAGCGAUGAUGGAGAGUGUAUUGAGGGAAAAGUAAAUCAAGAGACUGAAGGUACUAGUAUAGGUGUAGACAAUAAAACUUCCGCCCCACCAAAGGUUGAUGUUACUCCAAGACUUGAACCAACAACACAAAAAGUUGAAAUGUUGACAGUGUCAGCUGGUGAUAAUAAGGAGGUACAGUUGCCUAUGAACAAGGUCACUUUGACAGCAUUUGCAUUACCUGAAGCAAAAGAUGAAGAAUAUAAGUAUGAUUGGACAAUGGAGGCCCAUCCUGAAGCAGAGGAAUAUGGGAACAUGGAUGGCAGAAACACAAAUACAAUCAAACUCGAUAAGUUGAUAGCUGGACUAUAUACAUUCCGAGUACAAGUAACAGGGAUCAACAAAUUUGGAGAGGCACGUGUAAAUGUGACAGUCAAACCACCUGCCAGACAGAACCAGCCACCAGUAGCAGUUAUAACACCAACAAAUCUACAAGUAAAACUGCCAAAUUCUGCCAUACUUGAUGGCUCAGAUAGCACUGAUGAUGAUAAGAUUGUGAGAUACCAGUGGGAUGUUGUGAGUGGACCUUUACAAGAUAAAAGUAUAACAGGGGAUACAGCUAUACUCAAACUGACUGAUCUGGUUCCCGGGAAUUAUACGCUCAAGCUGACAGUAACAGAUUCUGACGGAGCCACAAAUGCCACAACGGCUAAUGUGACAGUAAUUAAAGAAACAGACUACCCGCCUAAGGCGAAUGCUGGAUCAGAUGUAGUAAUACAUUUACCACAGAAGUCUGUUGUUCUGUAUGGUAACCUAAGUACAGAUGACAAGGGCAUCGUCAGUUAUGAGUGGAUUAAAGCAUCCGGGGAUAAUCUCGCUGCUGAUACUCAGGGUGCAAGAACUUCAGAGCUGCAUUUAUCAAACUUGGAAGUAGGUGACUAUACAUUUACACUGAAGGUGACAGAUUCUGCAGGCCAAGUUUCAACAGCUGAUGUUCAUGUCUAUGUUAAACCUGAACAAAAUACCCCACCAGUUGCACGUACAGGGGGAAGUAUAGAAACCUCACUGCCUCUAGAUAACAUCUUACUUGAUGGCAGUAACAGUACUGAUGAUCAGAAAAUCACAUCAUUUCUAUGGGAACAAACUGGGGGACCUACAGCACUGACUAUACAUGAUGCAGACAAGGCUGAAGCGACCGCAAGUGGAGAUAUAAAGAAGGGAAAAUACGUGUUCAAGUUGACAGUGAAAGAUAAAGAGCAGCUUACAUCCUCUGCAACACUAGACGUGGAGGUUAAACAAGUUCAGAAUGAGGCUCCGGUAGCUGAUGCAGGUGGUGAUGUUGUUGUUCAGUUACCACAGAUGCUUGUUCUGCUAGAUGGUUCCAAGUCUUCUGAUGAUCAUAAAAUAACUGAAUAUAACUGGGUCCGGGAACCAAAAUCUUUAUCUGCAGGGGAUAUACUAAACAGCUCGGACCACCAGGCAGUGUUACAGCUGGCUAAUCUUGUAGCAGGGAAGUACAUGUUUACUCUGACUGUAGUUGAUGCGGAGGGAUUGAGCAGCAGUGAUAAAGCUUCCGUUCUUGUUAAACCAGCUGGCCACAAGAAUGAUCUUCUGGAACUUAUAUUAGAUGCUGAUAUUACAAAGUUUACGGAGGAAAAUAAGAAAAAUUUGGAAGGUCAGCUGGCUCUACUGUUGCCAAAGAUGCCGUCAGAGGGUGCAGCAGUGAUAUCCAUCCAGAGUAUAACAGAGACAUCAUCUGCAGGGAAUCUCAGGAUAUUAUUUUAUGCAAUGAAUGUGAUGCGAGAUACGAGAGUGUACAGAAAUGGGAAGGAAACACUGAAAGUGUUAAAGAAAAAACUGCUGUCGUCACCAUAUGUGCUGGAAUUUAAAGUUGUCAAUAUAGAUACCUUAGUUUGCCAAAAUAAUUGUUCUGAUCAUGGUCACUGUGAUAUGAGGACCAAACUUUGUGUCUGUGAAGCAUUUUGGACUCAAAACUUCCUCCUGUACUGGCUGCAUGGAGAUAGUAACUGUGAUUGGAGUAUUUUAUAUGUUGUGAUAGUAUGUUUUCUGAUUGUGAUAUCAAGUACUGGUGCAUUGUGGGCCUGUGUCUGUUGCUGGCAGAGAAAACGAUGUCCAUGUCACAGAUGUAGAUUAAGGUCAAAGAAGCGUCAUCGGUAUUCUCUACUACAAGAUGUGGACGAUGAAACAGAAAGUAUUGCUCUAAAAAAGAGUAAGGAUAAAAUCCAAAACAGCAGUGUGAUGAUCUCAGAAUCAGAUUUUUCCACAGAAGAGGAAACAUUGUUUGUGAAUCAGAAAAAGACAAACGGGCAUUUAGGUCAAAUGAAUGGCAUCUCUAAACAACAUUUAAAAAAUUCGUUAAAAACAUAGUGUAAAGUGAUAUUUCGUGUUGUUGGUCAUUUAAAAAAAGGCUGUUUUAAUUUUAUAUGUAAUGUAAAUAUGUAUAUAAGAUUUUAUAUAUUUCGUGUAUAUAAUUAUGUACAUAAUGUCCAAGUGUAUUUGAAUUCAGAAAUUCAUAUUGUAUUAUGAUUAGGCAGACAAGUAUUGUUUGUUUCUGUAUUCAUGACCAAUAUAUUUAGGGAAGUCAGUCAGCAAAACCCUAUUAUUGUUUACUUUUGUUUGUGAAGGAUAAAAAAAAAAUUGUUUAUUACAUGUUUUUUGAGUUUCAUUUUGAGAAAACUGAAUAAUUUGUUUUGAACACUUACUACUUGAUGUUUGCAUGAAAUGCAAACUAAUAUCGGAAAAGGUCCUGCUGACUCAACAAAAAUGAAAAUAGCUUGAGUCGUACAAAGAAAUCGCUUAGAACUUUUGUGGUAAGGGGCAAAAUUAAUAAGUUCUAUCAGGUAACUGGAAACAGAUAAUAAUUUGUUUAAAGCUCUAUGAAUAAUUGAGAGCAGUGUGAGUGGAAUCAUUCAUCUUUGCAAGAAAUUGAAUACUAAAGUUACUUGUUAAUGAAAAUUAUACUUCUUGUCAAGACAAUACUUAAAACUGGCUUGAAAUCCCUGAAAAUUACAUAACUAACAUAAUAUAACUAAUAUCUAAAUAUAUAAGUGUUAAAUACUGAAGAUUUCCUAAUUUUAAAUAAGGAAAAAUGAAUUCAGUCGUUUGUUACAGACCCUAAGGAACAAGUCACAGGGAACAUUUCCUCACUAGUGCAAAAAUUUUAAUUUACUGUAAAUGCACAUAUUUUCACUGGGUCAGAAUUUCGCAAAUGAAAAAUUUUAAGUAUGUUCGCAAGGUUCAAUAUUCGCGAAAUUGUAAAAGUGGUAUCCUAAUUGAAUUUGAAUUAUACUAAUGGUGAAAUUUGAUGCAAGGAUUUAUUUUCGUGAGAUGUACGGCCUCGCGAAUAUAGCGAAAAUUAAACCCUUAAGAAAAUUUGCUGCUUUUACAGUACAAGGAUGAAAAUGAUAUGGUGAGAGCCAAAAAUAAAGAAAACCAGCUACCUCUCUGAUUGAGAAUUGUCUUCCAUCUUUGGAAAAUCUAGACACCUCAGGGGUGUGGGGGUGGGGUGGGGGUGAUCCUCUGACUGGUUCCCUAUGGGGUUGUGUUUUUUUGCAUUAAAUGUGAUAGUACUUAGCAUUUAGCCAAAAAUGUUGAUCAGUUAUGGUUUGUGUACAAUCUUACUGACUGCUUAUAUAUGUAACAGAGAAUUGGAUCUUGAAAUCACUCGUUUUAAGUGCAAUAUGUAAUGUAUACCGGUAUAUACUGACCAUAAAAAAUUUGGCCCUGUUAAUGGUUUUAUGUAUUUCCUAAGGAAAUGCAGCAAUCUGUGAAUAUAUAAUGUGUACACGAUAACUGCAGUUAUGUGUUAAAGACCUUUUUGACUGAGUGAAGUGGAAAUCAUUAUCAUUUCUUUGUAAAGUUUGUAACUGUAAUAAGAACGAAUCCAAGAAGUAAAAAUAUAACUUUUGACUAGCAUUAAUAAAAUUU